CCGACCGAGAAGUAGAGUGGAAGUCUCCCUCUUCAAAUGAAAUUUUUCCUCAAUGUAACGAUAAUAAUAAAUAAUUACGUGGGAAAAUCAACAUCUGAUUUCUUGCUAAAACUGAGUGCAUUUGAAUUUCGAGGUGCGUCACGAGGACCAAGACGACAGAGAAAGCGAUGGCAAGCGUGGCAAUGCUGGGGCCACAAAAUCUCGUGAAGUGCGAAAAAGAGACAUUCACUUGGCCACAGCAUCAGUGGAAAGCGUAUCCAGACCUCUUACCAGCAGCUGAUCACAAGCAGCCUCGCGCCAGCCACCCUGCCUUCACUUGGGACAUCCUGGUCCCCCGUCUUGAGGCACCAAGACGCAAAGGAUGGAAGAAGCAGAAGAAAACGUUAAAUUCACAACCAGAGGGGACAACUAAGGACAUGGCUUACGAUUCUUUGGGGGCAUCAUCCACUUUGCCAGGUUUAACAGAUGUGAACAAAGGAAGCUUGAAUGAUGGAAUUAGAUGCACGAAUACUGAUGCGAGGGAUUCUGAUAAACUUUCUUUUAUUUGGGAGAAUGUAGGCUGGCCAGAAGGGGCGAAAGUUAAUGUAAAAGCAUUUUCUUCCAUGUCAUUCCAAGCGCCUCUAGGUUCAGAGCCUAUAAAGUCGCACCAGAGUGGAGGUGAAGAGAGAACAAAGUUGUCCAGUUCCAAGAACUUUAUAUAUUGCUACACUUGCGAAAAACUAGUAAAAAGGAAACAUGUUCCUAAACAUCUCUUGUUUGGGAAAGCCCAGUGUACAGAGUGCAAGGUGAUGUUUAUAAACUGCUCCAACUUUAAAGAAAUAACUACUGCGUCUACAAGUCAUACCACGUGCAAACAUAACCUAUGUUACCUCCACGAUCCAUUUAAGCUUCUGAAAGCCAGAUUGAUAGAUGACAUAACACCCUCUGGCAGUCCAGCAGAUGAGAAACAUAUUCUCAAGAAAAUUUCAUCAUAUAUAAGAGAACUGGACAUGUUGAAGCUAAGACCACCAUGGAAUUCAGCAAUACUAAGAUGCAGGGAGAAGUUGGGUCGAAGCCCUAAGAAAAAAUCUGGUACCGUAACCUCGCACAAGCCCGAGAGACCACAGCACGAGGAAAACAAAACGAAACUAGAAGUAUUGAAGCUGAAGGACACUAUUCCAGAGUAUAGUACCAGUGGUAGGCAGUGUCACAAGGAAGAGCAACUGCCAGGUGUCUUAAAUAGGGAAGAUGCGGAGCCAGAAGAGAUCCUACUUACCCAGUCCUACAAUCUUCAACAUCUAGAAGAAAUGGUAGAGUACCAGGUGGCUCAAGACUACUGCAACUCUGAGGUGGAGAAAAAGAAAAAUCCAACCAAGAUCCCUAGUAAACCGAAACCAAAGUCCAAAAUGAAACGAAAAAAGACAAGUCGAAGCAUUGAACGAACCACUACAAAAGACAUUCCACUCCAGCCACUAGCAAAUCCACAGAAGAAAAAUGCGAAUUUGAGAUUUGUCAAGACACCUGAAGAUGGCUAUUACUAUGUGGUUAAGAAAGCAAUUGAAGAAUGCCCUAUGUGCUACAUGGAGCUCUGCCCUUCCAGGUUCUCUGUGAAUGUGGUCACCUUCCUUAUGACAACAGUAUGCCCUGGUUGCAAUCUUACAAUAUAUUUUGUUCAGGAUCCCCCAAAAGGUGAAGCCCCAACUGUGGCCAUUGUGACUGAACCAGUUCCUCAGCCUUCUUUACAAGACAAGAGAAAUGCAAAGAAGACUUAGUUAAAAGGGCACGUCACCUCUUACUCAAUUGUUUUUCCCUCAGGACUGUCAAGAGGUCUCCAUAAUACAAAGUUUAAUACAAAGGUUCUUUUUUAUUAAAGAUUUUAUUAAGAAUGUGUUUAUCAUAUUCCUUGUCUAGUUUAUUUACACGAGAAAUUGGAUCAAAACCUGUACACAACCAUACCA